AUGGACCCGAUAUCCAGCAGUCAAAGGAUGACAAUAAUUCCAACAAAAUCGAAAAUAUUUUCGCUGAUGGAAGUUUCGUUUCACACUGACAUGUCUUCGUGUUGGAUUGUAAUUCACGAUAAAGUGUAUGAUGUGACCAAUUUUUUGGACGAGCAUCCAGGCGGAAGGGAGAUCAUUCUAGAACACGCAGGUAUGGAUGCUACAACUGUAUUCCAAGACAUAGGCCACUCGUUUGAAGCUCUAAAGAUUCUCUCUAAAUAUCAAAUUGGAGAACUAAGAGAGAAAGACAAAAUCUACAAUUCCAAGCCCAGACUAUGACGAUCAAAGAUGUCCUCCUUGGUAUGGAUACAAAUCUAGUGUGCGGAUAUUUGGUUUCCCUUUAACCAGUGGCUGA